CGUCAACGUUCACCGAAUGUCACUGUAUAUUUACUUCUAUCUUCAAACUGAUCAAAAAUCAAAACAAGAGAACAAAACACUGAACGUAAAUGUACUAAAAAUUUAUAAUUAGAGAACCAUGUCAAAUAAUAAAAAAAUUGCUGUCAUGAAUGAAAUUUCAAAAGUGUGUCGUGCAUGCCUAACAGUAUGUGAGAACACCACUUACGAACUUUUUGAAAAUGUGUCGGCCGAUUUGUUUUACUAUUGCACUUCGAUUAAGCUAUACAAAGAUGAGAAAUUGCCAAAAGUGAUUUGCGAAAUUUGCCACAAAUUACUUGUACAAUAUUCUGAAUUCAAAAAUACUUGUAUCACAUCCCAAAAUGCACUGCUUGGUUUGAAAAAAUCUGUAAAAAAUGAAAGUACUGAAGCAGAUACAAGUUGGGAUGAUGACAAUGACUAUGGAAAUCUCUACAUUGACAAAAAUGAAAAAGAGGAGAAGAGACACAAUGAUUAUCAAAAUUUUGUUGUAAAAGUUGAAAAAUUGCAUCCUGAAUACAAUGGGUUGCCGUUGCAAGAUUUUAAUGCUGAAACUAUUGUAGAAGACAUUAAGCCAAAGGAAAGAAAAUUAAAGAUACAGUUAAAACUACAAGGAAAUAAAAGAAAAAAGAAAAAUAUUGUGAAACAGAAGAAUCAUUUCAUAUUUACAUGUGAUAUUUGCAAUAAAAAAUUCAAUUAUUUAGAUAGAUUUCAAGCGCACAAAUUGGAGCAUGAAGGCAAAGUUACAUCUAUAUUCUGUCAACCGUGCAACAAAACAUUUGUGACGUGGAGCGGUCUACGUCGACACAAGGAGAACGAACACACACAAGUUAAGCUGGAAAGUUUGAAAUGUAAGGUCUGCGGCAAGUUGAGUAAGAACAAACACACACUUAAGGUUCACGAGCGGAUACACGGGGAGAGACCUUUACUGAUGUGCGACGUUUGCGGAAAGGGAUUCACGACCGCAGUCAUUUUGAAAACACAUUUAGAGACCCACAACGAGCACAGAGAGAGAAGGUUCACGUGCGAACAGUGCGGCCGGAAGUUCUUAACGCAGACCGUGCUCCACACGCACGUGGCCCGCCGCCACUCCGACCGCCGCUACAUCUGCCACGUCUGCGACCAACCCUUCAUCGACAAAUACAACUUGGCCCAACAUUUGAUCAGGCACAACAGCGCCGACCGCAAGUAUUACAAGUGUGACGUUUGCGACAAACUAAUAUCGUCCCAAUCGAACCUGACUUUGCACAUGCGGAUACAUUCGGGCGAGCGACCGUAUAAUUGCACGUACUGCCCUAAGACGUUUAUAUCGAGGAAGAACUUGCGGGAGCAUAUAAGGACCCACACUGGCGAGAGGCCCUACAGAUGCGCGGUCUGCGAUCAGGAAUUUUCGCAGAGUAGCUCCAUGAAACGUCAUUCGAAGAUACACGAACGACAAAUAACAACAAAUUAAUAUUCUAUCGACGAGAAGAGAAGGGUUUUUAUACCGGCAUCUCGUUUUUACCAUCGCACCGCCCGCCACCGGAGUAGAGUUCAUCCAUACUACCUGGAGCCACUGCGGUCAUCAACAGUGCGUUUCCAGAGGUUUUUUUUUGCCACGUAUCAUCCGGCUAUGGAAUGAGCUCCCCUCCACGGUGUUUCCCGAGCGCUAUGACAUGUCCUUCUUUAAAAGAGGCUUGGGGAGAGUAUUAAGCGGUAGGCAGCAGCUUGGCUCUGCCCCUGGCAUUGCUGAAGUUCAUGGGCGACGGUAACCACUCACCAUCAGGUGGGCCGUAUGCUCGUCUGCCUACAAGGGCAAUAAAAUAUAUAUAUACAGCCUCAGUCAAGUGUGCUGUGAGUUUUGAUCAAGACUUGUUCACUGCUGACCCAGUUCAAAGCUAUGAAAGAUAGAUAAUAUUCUCCUUUUAGAAAUGAACUUCGAAAAUUUGUAGAUUUUUUCUAUAUAUGUUUGAUGAAAUAUGGUAAAGUGUGAUCAUAUGUUUGAUUAAAUAUGUUGGGUAAAGAAAUUUGGCAAAUGGCACCAUUAUCAAACCUCGAUAUAUGAAAACCUCAUUAAUUGUUCUCUAUUUAGGCGCAAUUAAUACCAGCAACAAUGCUUCAGUCUUUGUGAUUAAAGAAAUAAAACAAUGAACUGUCA